GACCGCAGACGCGGGACUUGGUUGCCUGGGAACGGCCUAGGGGGCCUGCGGCGGGCUGCACGCAGCUGCGAGGUGCUUGCUGGGGCGGCGCGGGGGUCUGCGGGAACGCGGCUCAGGCCCAGCAGUUCUCGGCGGAGCCGCCGGCGCCAUUGCCUCCUCGCUCGGUGAGCGCCGCUCCGCUCGCCCAGCCCGGCCUCCGCCGGCCGUCGGCACCAUGGGCCAAUGCGGCAUCACCUCCUCUAAGACCGUGCUGGUCUUCCUCAACCUCAUCUUCUGGGGGGCGGCUGGCAUCCUCUGCUACGUGGGAGCCUAUGUCUUCAUCACUUACGACGACUAUGACCACUUCUUUGAGGAUGUGUACACGCUCUUCCCUGCCGUGGUGAUCAUGGCUGUAGGGGCCUUGCUCUUCAUCAUCGGCCUGAUCGGCUGCUGUGCUACAAUCCGGGAGAGCCGCUGUGGGCUGGCCACGUUUGUCUUCAUCCUGCUCUUGGUUUUCGUCACAGAAGUAGUAGUUGUGGUUUUGGGAUAUGUGUACAGAGCAAAGGUGGAGAAUGAGGUUGAUCGUAGCAUUCAGAAAGUGUAUAAGACCUAUAACGGGACCAACUCUGAUGCUGCCAGCCGUGCUAUUGACUAUGUGCAGAGACAGUUGCACUGCUGUGGAAUUCAUAACUAUUCAGACUGGGAAAAUACAGAUUGGUUCAAAGAGACAAAAAACCAGAGUGUUCCUCUUAGCUGCUGCAGAGAGACUGCCAGAAGCUGUAAUGGCAGCCUGGCCAACCCCUCCGACCUCUAUGCCGAGGGCUGCGAGGCUCUUGUUGUGAAGAAGCUACAAGAAAUCCUGAUGCAUGUUAUCUGGGCAGCUUUGGCCUUUGCAGCUAUUCAGGUAAGCAGGGUAACCAAGCAGCUGUUGUCAGAGGUAGUUUGUCCUCUUGUGUCAGCUGAAAUAGCUUUAGCUACUAAGCAGAGUGAAUCUUCCUGCACCAGCCAGCAGUUUCCAAAAGCCCAGAAUGCUUUAAAGAAACUAUAGUGAUCUUUAUGGGAGGGAUUGCGUGAGGAGACUCUAUGCCUUAUUUUCCUGAAUUGAUUAACGAGGGCAUCAUUCAAAAAAGAAAAAAAAAUUUACAUCAAAGAUAUCUUAGUUAGGAUUUACUGCUGUGAGCAGACACCAUGACCAAGGCAUUCUCAUAAGGACAAUAUUUAAUUGGUGCUGGCUUACAGGUCAGAGGUUCAGUCCAGUAUCAUCCAGGCAGGAACAUGGCGGCAUCCAGAAUGGACACCAUGGGGCUGGAGGAGCUGAGAUUUCCACCUCUUGUCCCAAAGGCAGCUAGCAGAAGACUGACUUCUACAGCUAGGAUGAGGGUCUUAAAGCCCACACCCACAGUGAUGCACAGACUCCAACAAGGUCACACCUCUAAUAGUGCCACUCCCUGGGCCAAGUGCAUUCAGACCAUCACAGUGGGGCAUUCCUGGGAGCUUUCUGGCAGAACUCUUUUAAAAUACUGGUGUAUUUCAGUUUGGGAUGGACAGCUUUCACAUCAGUGUUUUUACCGCUUCACUUUCUGCUGCUUGUUUUUCUGUUCUUGAGGGUUGUUUUUACUUUUUAAAUUUAUUUUUGCUGUACUGGAAAGCAAACCUAGAAUCCAAUGUUUGCCAGACAAGUACAUUCCCACUGAACUAUAUGUUUCAAAUCCUUACUUGUAAUUUUUUUAAAAGUUAUUUCUAUUUUACCUUAUUUUAUAUAUGUGAGUGUUUUGACUAUGUGGAUAUCUUGGUACCGUGUAUAUUAGGUACCAUGCACGUGCUUGGUACCAGUGGAAACCAGAAGAGGGGACUAGAUCCCCUGGGGCUGGUGGUAUAGCUGGCUAUGUGCCACCAUGGGGUUCACUGGAAGACUGCCCAGUGGCUCUAACCAUUUAGCCAUCUAUUUAUUUGUUUUGAGGUAGCCACUUGGUACACAAUCUCGGCUGGCUCCAAAUUUCUGGGCUUAAGUAGUCUUACCUAUCUGGCAUAACGGGUGUACAUGCUGUGCCCGAUUCCUUGAAGAGUGUGUGUAUAACACACACACACACACACACACACACACACACACACACACACUCUCUCUCUCUCUCUCUCUCUCUCUCUCACACACACACACACACAUACACACACAUACACACACACACACACAGACUUUAAUACUAGUAGUCUCUUCUAAAGGGAACAGUUUCUAGAAAAGAUCUACCAGUAAACACUGAGGCUCUAGCCUUCUCUAUAUUUGUGGACUUGUUUUAGACAUAUACUGUCAUGCAGAAAAGAAGCCCUUGACAUCAGCUGGCACACACGGGGAGUGCGGUUCAUUGUUGGCAUCUGUUUUCCCUACUCUGCCAGUGAAAACAGUCUCUGUGUGAAAGUUGGUAAAAGUGUCUGGUGCUUGCUUCAUUGCUUACUUACUUGCCUUCCAUCAACCAUACACUCUCAUUUCUUAACCCCAUAGGAAAACUAUUAAGUUAGAAGGACAGACACCUAGCAUGCAGCAUAAUGGUCCACAUUCUUGGAUUCUCGGGUUUAUAUAGUAUUUCCUUCACGUUAUGUUGGGUUAACAUUUGGAGUCUAGUUGAGAAUAGCCAGCUAUUUCUAAAGCUUUUCUGUCAAACUUGUCUGAGGGGUUUUUGAUUUUGUUUGUUUGGUUUGUUCUUUGUUUUCUGAGACAGGGUAUCUCUGUGUAGCCCUGGCUGUCCUGGACCUCAUGCUGGUGUCAAACUCACAGAGAUCUGCCUGCCUCUGCUUCUCAAGUGCUGGGAUCAAAGGUGUGCAUCACCAAGCCCAGCUUCUGAAUGUCUUUCAAGGCUUUUAGUUCUUUAAAUAGGCUUCUAUCCUCAAAUGUAUUUUAAGACACCUUUUAAUUGUUACACUAAAGCCAACAUAAUUGCUACUUUAAAUGUAUGUUGUUUGGCCUUCCUGCUCUUUGCAUAUUCGAGCAGAAGCUACUACAUUUACUGGAAAGUGCCUCUAAAAUGCCAAAGGGCAAUUGUUUAUUUUGCUGGUAUUCAAACAGCAAUGAAAUGAUUCAUUAAAAGCCUAGCUCCAUAUUUGCUAUGGUCUCUGCCAUCCUAAACAUUUACUUUGUGGCUCAGCAUAGCAGUAAUUUGUCAGGGAUGUAGUCCACGUUUUGACUGUUUGUGCAGACACAGUCAUUCAUCCAAAAACAAUGAACUAGAGCAGUCUUCCCAAGUGGAAGUCUGGCCUGUGCAUUUCUGGUAACUUUGAUGACAAAACUGUACAUAUUAGAACACAGCAGAACGCUCUGUGGUUGUGCAGUUAUUGUUGCCCAGGAGAUACACAGCUGUGUGGGGAAACUGAUGACGGGUGCCUGUAAAGGUUCCACGGCUUUGAUGUUCAAGAUGUGGUGGUGGUCUGUGUGAAAAACUGUAAGAAUGACAGAAGUGACUCAGUGUACUUGUAACACGACACAAAAAAGAAUAGAGUCUCCGAUCCAUUCUCCUUUGUUUUCCACCAAUAUUAGGAAGAGCAGGGCAGUAGGUCCAUCACACAGGCAAGAGCAGGGCAGUAGGUCCAUCACACAGGCAGUGGAAAACUAAAGCUUGGACUCUGACUCCAUUAGGAUUGGAGUUUUCAGAUGAGAUUUAUAAAUUCUUAACAUUGAACACUGACAGAUUGGCACUGUAGUGGGUAGAACAGAGAGAAUAGAUUCCUACAGAGAACAGGUUUCUUGGCUCAAAGCCUAAAAUAUUUACUGUGUCUCUUUAAGAAAACACUUACUAACCAUGCCCUAGCCUAGUUAAAUGGUCUAGGCUUGUGUGGGACCAAAAAGAAAGAGAACCAUGAAAAAGAAAAACCUAGCUAAUUAUAAAAGGAUUUUUAAUAUAAGAAAGAAAUUUAGGAUUUUUUUCUUAUAUCCCUUGUCAGCUUAUAAAUUAGCAUGAUGUUCCUCUUCUUUGCAAAUAGACAAAUGAUCAACUAGGAAUUUCGUAUCUAAAGUUCUAAUAAUAGUGCAAGUCGAGGUUUUUUGUUAAGGUCUUGAGGGAUUGUGCUGGGCAGGCAACAUGGGGAAGACUGACUGGCAGUCUUUUCUCUGAGUCUUCCAGCGAGCAUACCCUGAAGGUAGAGUGAUUGGUAGAAGGUAGAGCAGACUUAGGCAGAGGCUGGGCUAGGGAAAUGGCUCGGUUGGUAAAGUGAGGA